CAGCUUGCAGACCUUGAGGCGCGGCUUAGCGGCUUUGAAAAACAGCUUUGUGAGCGAGGACAGUGGCAUCAACCGAAUGCUACAAGGACAGAACAAGAUACAACCUCGAAGAGCAGUCGCGAAACGCACGACCCAGCCCCAGCGAUUUAUGACCUUGAAGACCUGGAACACGCCGUAUCCCUCAUCGAGAAAGCCAUUUCCCCACCCAAAACGACCCCAACCGCGUACCACUCCUUCGCCCACCUCAAAUGGGAAUGGGACGCCGCCUGGAACGAAUUCUACGCCGCUCUCCCCUCUGGUAACUACAUCUUCCUCGCGCUGUGGAGGUUUAGCUCGCUCAUGAACGAGUGGUAUCACUGCGGUCAGUCGCACAGAAGCGACCUGCAGCCCGAGGAAGUGAGCGAGUUGCUGGGCUGCUGGGACGAUUGGGAGUGGGAUGAUGUGUGGAAACAGUGGUAUCUUGCUAUGCCGGGGGAGGAGGGAGAAGUGUGCCGCGUGUAUGCGGAUACGUGGACGCGGGGCGAGUGGGGUGGGUGGACGUUCGUG